AUGCCGAAGAAGGACCACUGGAUGAUACACAGCCACCGGAGGAGUUUCCGACGAAGGAGCCGACCCAAAGCUAGCCUCCCUCACAAUGGAGCGCCAUACUUCGGACUCCAUUGCCCUGAAGUUGAAGGAUCUUGCAGUAAGCGGCAGAUGUAUCCAUUCCAAAGCAGCCUCCACAGCUUCAUCCACCAAGUUCUGCAAGUGACGGAGACGACGUUGAUGACCCAGCAUUUGGCGGAUGAACACAUGAACAUCCGCUUGUCCACCCAAGAUCAACUGAUUAGCAACCACAGACCUGACAUGUUCGUGCGGAAGAACGAAGUCGUGGUAGACGUGCACCCCAAGGACCACUGUAGAGGAGCAAGCUCCACAACCUCCCACCCCAACAGCCAAGCAGAUGCCCCCCACGAAAGUCGUGCCAUCACUGACUCACUCACUUCCAGCAGGAAGACCGCUCGCAUAGGCAGACACUCAGCGAGGAACUCCAAGUGCAUCCCCAUCAUUUCAGGAACGACAAACAAAGCCAUCAAGGUACUCGUUUGCCAGGAGGUAGGAUGA